UCUUACCCAUCUGCAAACCACAUCAUGACCAGGCUGCUUCAUAUUAUUAUCAUACGCCAUCCGAUACAUUCCCUACAAAAGUAUUCCCUGCGACUGACUCGUGCCACGUCUCUUACCUUUUGGGUAUCAUAAUGUAGUAAUGCCCACUCUUCAAAAGCUUCACGACAUAACCACUACUCUUUCCUAUGGCAAACUUUCGCCCUCUCCAACCUGCCCCCAUAGACCAGGAGCAGACACCCCAGCCGCAAAUUAGACCCGCACUGAUUCAGAAACCAAAACGAACAGUCACAUUGGGAGCCUGUGUUGCGUGCCGCAAAAGAAAGUCUAAGUGCGAUGGAUCACGCCCUGUAUGCACUUGCUGUGCGCAGAAGGUGACAGAAUGUGUCUAUGAGCUCGGUCCCAACGAGAAGCCGUCGCAGGCUAUGAAGCGGAAGAAUGAAGAGAUGCAGAGCGAGCUCUCGAACCUACGCCAAAUAUAUGACUGUCUUCGCCUGCGCCCCGAGCAUGAAGCUCAGCAGGUUUUGAGACGAAUUCGAGCCAAUUCAUCCGACACCACUCCGUCGCAAAGGAUCCAAGAAUUAGCCGAUUUCGUCCGGCACGGUGAUCCUAAUCUCAUCCUCCAACCCUCGCUUAUGCAAUCUCCGCGAGGCCACUCGGAGCAGCUGACCUUGCCUCCCAUACGCAUGGCAUUAGAUGCGACCUGCGCUGUGAUUGAUUCCUUUUCUGGAAGUCUUCCAUCGUUCUCCAAUGAUUUGCUGCCGAUGAGAUCAGAUGGACCAGCAAGUCAACGUCGGCGACAUGCAUCGGAUGCUGAUGUAUCUGCUCGCUCAGACAGUCAGGGUACUUUUCCCCCAGUUACCUCCAUAGAAGCUAUAUUGCAGAAACCAACUUCUUCAAGCCCACCCGAAUUGAUCGAUCCGAGGAUCGCAUCAGUAAGGCAUUGGACUACAAUCACGGAUGACUCCAAUCUAUUGGUUCACCUGAUGUCUGCUUGGUACACCUGGGAAUACGUGUAUUACCACUUCUUGGACUGGGACCUCUUUCUCGAUGACAUGGUCAGUGGACGAACAGACUUCUGCUCCAGGCUCCUCGUACAUGCUCUGCUAGCUUCCGCAAGUUUCCAGUCCUCGCUAGUCAAUGACAGAGCAAAGCCGUUUGCCGACAACGUGCUCACCCUGUUCUACCGAGAAGCGAGACGGCUUUGGGAACUUGAAGAAGGGCAAGACAGCCUACCUAGGCUACAGUCUGCCUUACUCCUCUUUGUAGUUCUUGGGAAGCACGGGAGAGAUAAGGUCGGUUACACCUUCCUUGUCGAGGCUUGUCGUAUCGCGCAGGAUCUCGGCCUUUUUACACUGUCAGAGACGACUUCUGCGCAAAAGCCGCAAGAAGUUCCUCUGGAGAAGUUGGAGCGAGCACGCACGGUCACUGCCUGGGCCCUGUUCAAUUUUCAACUAUCCAUGUCUUUCACGUAUGCAUUUCCUAUCAUCAUCAAGUCUCAGCCGCCGCUCCCUCUGCCCUAUGAGGACGCCGUAAACUCCCAAGUGCUAUUCCGAUCCGAAUGCGGCCGCCACGUUCUAAUGCUCGAAUCCACAAUUAGGCACCCUGAGCCACACAGAAUAUACACUGAUAUUGCCUCAAGACCUGAGUGGACUGAGAAUUUUUACCUUCGGCUCCAGUCAUGGUGGGAUGCUCGACCGGAAUGUCUUAAUCCCAUCACGCUUCGCCGCCUUAUCAUGCUCCACGAAUUGCGCCAUGGUUGGUCGAAUGCUAUACCAUACAUCCUCCACGGAAUCACAGUUACAAGCUUUGGCUGUCUUGAAGAGCUUGCGCAGGAGCAUGCGACGCGGCAUUCCGUCGAAAAUAGUGAGCCCCUCCGAGGUCUUCUAAGUUGCCUCAAAGCGCUCAGUACUUUGUCGAAUUACGUGUUCUACUCUCAACCGCUCUUCCGACUCCUCACACAAUCUUGCCAGACCAUGGGGAUUGCUUUGCCGACCGAGACAACGAAUACACUGAGCUGUUAUCAAACUGAGGAAUGGACGAAGAACGCGGCGAAUAUCGUGAGCAGUCAGUAUGUCGCAGAUAUCGGAAAGAGUGCCACAGACAUGACAAACAAGCAAAUGGACGUGAUUGUCCGUAUGUGGGAUAACUUGAUCCUCGACACAUCCACCAAUGCAAUGCCCACCAGAUCUAUCCUAGGUCGAGAAGAUGAAAUGCAAGGGGAUUGAGGGUAACCCGAGCUUUUGCAAGCUAUCCUAUCCAACACACAUUUUACUACGGAUACAGUG